CAUUGCUUAAAGGUUUAUUUUCUUACCUCCUACCCGGAUGUUGGACUCAAUAGUGACACACAUGUCGAUGCAAACAGAGUCGUGUCUCCUCUAAAAUGGAAGUAAACAUCAAGAAAACGAGUUCACAGGCUUUGCUGUCUUGUGGAAACGGAGAAGGUCUCAGUGAGAAGCUUCUCCUCAAGCCAAAGGCUGGCAGACCCCAGCAGACAGAGAGGGUCCCGAGAAGCAGCGUGUUGGAGCGGCUGCAGAGCUUCCUGCCCCAGAUGGCCGAAGCCAACGAGAAGCUGAAGCAGCGGAUGGUUGAAGCUCCUGCUGGACAUUUUGACAUAGAGAACGUGGAAGAGGCAGAGAGGGUCAUAGAGAUGGACGUGGCGCUGGUGGAGCUCAGCGGGACAGACAGCGACUCCGAAGACGCAGAGGAGACUUCGGACUCUGAGGAGGAAUCAGAGAGCGACAUCACAGAGCAGAACCUCAAGUUACCUGGAGACAAAGGCAAGAAGAAGAAAGCAAACAUACAAGUUCUCCAUUAACGGGGAGAAAAGGCAGCACGUACAGACUUUUGGCUGCGUAUUGAGUUUCUUUACCCUCUGACGUGAUGUGGACAAACUGACGGAGACGAAACCUUUGCCUCAGGCUUGGAGGGAUUUUUACCUGCUUCAGAGACAGAGAACAGGAAGUUCCUGUGUGGAGGGACGCACAGCUUCCUCAUCCCUAUGGGAACAAUAGUAAUUAUUAUUUUGUACUUUUUAAUGGUCUGUGGAGCCAGAACAGAUACUGUGAUUACUUAAUCCAGUUCAUCAGCUCAUUGUACUUGAUGUGUUUGGGCUCCUCACUUGUUUAUUGGCCUCUGUUUUCAUGAGCUUCAACACAUUAUUACAUCUUGUCAGGCUACAAACUAUAAGUGCUAACUGAGGCACAGUUAUGAUUUUCUAAAGGAAGAUGGGUUACCAGAAAAAAUUUGUGAUUCUGUAUAUGGCAAUCAAAAUAAAGCCUCUGUGCUCUUAUC